ACUAGCUAACAUCUAAUUGUGUUUUGCUCCAUUUCUUUCGCAUAAUUUUGAUAGAAUUAUCUUUAUUUUGCUACAAAACCAUUUCAAAAUUUUGUUCGAGGCACUUCCGACAUCACACAACCCACUACUACGGCACUUCUACUAGCUAGCUACCCUUCCUGCACUGAUUAGUAUCUCGCAACCAUGGUGAAUAAUAGCAAUCCGGGAGGCAAUAUCUUCUUGACGACGGAGAACUUGGCUUUUGCCAUGCCUCUGUUAUUGCUGUGCGGGUCCUAUGCGUACUUCAAGUAUCUGCCACUGGAGUACAGUUUACCCGGUGUGGGGAUCGUGGGGGCAAUUUUGUUUUUCCAAGCGCAGACACAGGCUCGCAAAAAUGAAAAGCUUUCCAACUUGGACGAGGCGACAAUCAGAGAUAUUGUUGGCGAGGAAGAAGAGGAGGACAUUGCAAAAGGAAAGCCUCCCGCAAAAGGUAAAAGCAAAGCCCAAAAGGAAAGAAAAAACAAGAAAAAUGGCAAGCAGAGCGGGCAAGAUGACAAUGACGAUGAUGACGGCGAUGAUGACCUCCAGGCGUUUGCCAAGGGCUCUCGUGGCAAGCAGAAGAAACGUUAGUGAGCCAAACCGAAGAAAAGGUUAAUCAAAAAGAACAAUGGGAUGUGCACCCGUACACAACAAUAUUCCAACCAUGCAUGGUGCUUGCUUCAAUCACAGCAACAGUUCUCUGAAUACUGUAACAAUUUCCAUGGCACCGUGCACCACACUGGCAGGUCUACACAACGGGAUUGAUGCUGAAUAAAAUCAACAAUACCAAAAAUAUAUAGCUAUCUAGUUUCAACGGUGGAGGUGCCCAAUGAUAGAGUGAUUGUGGCUUCUCCUAACAAAAGGGUAGCAAUAAGCGGUCCACUGCUUCAUGCAACAAAGAUUGAGUUUGUACUACUAGUACGUACACCAGUAUAGAAAGCUAGCCAGAAGCUGGGAAUAGCGCGCUGUGAAAUCUUUGGUUUGGUUUAGACGGG